UAGCGGAAGUGGGGGACCCACGCAAGGACACCCCAGGGGCAAAGCAGAGGGGAAGCAGUGAGGAGAGGCCCACCCUGGGGCCUAGUGGUGCCCUGGCCGCUCACCUGUACUCAGGGCCCUCGGGCCGCGGUGCCUCCAGUAAACCAGGAGCCGGGGAGGGCAGGGGGCUGUCUGACCCGCUCUGUGCCCCGCCCCUGACCCAGCCUGAGUUGAAAUCAAGGACCAGCUUCCAUUCAACUCCCCACUGCCACUCUGUCCUCUCGCCUCCAUCCAUGGCGCCCCUGCUCACCCUGUUCCUCGUGGCCCUGGUGGGCCUCCCUCUGGCCCAGGCUCUGGACUGCCACGUGUGUGCCUACAACGGCGAGAACUGCUUCAAUCCCAUGCGAUGCCCGGCCAUGGUCACCUACUGCAUGACCACACGCACUUACUACACGCCGACCAGGAUGAAGGUGAGCAAGUCGUGUGUGCCCAGCUGCUUCGAGACGGUGUACGACGGUUACUCCAAACAUGCCUCCACCACAUCUUGCUGCCAGUAUGACCUCUGCAACAGCGCUGGCCUCGCCGUGCCGGGGGCCCUGGCCCUGGCCCCCAUCCUCCUGGCUACUGUCUGGGGUCUGCUCUAAAUCCCUGCCCCCCACCAAGACCCACUCAAGGACGGAGUUCUGAGAGGCACAGCCCUACCUUUUCACCCUGCGUCCCCCACCCACCUGGUGCCCUCCCCCCAGCCACACCCGGGACCGUCAGCUUCAGGACUCGGGGGCUCGCGGCCUGGGGCCUCCUCCCAGACCAGGACUUUCAUUCUCAAAAGGUUGAUGUGGGACCAGCUCUCCCAAAGUUGUCUGGCCUUGGUGGGAGAGCUCGCCCCUCCUCUGCCCAAGGAGGGGGGGUGUCUGGCAAAAUGUGCUGCUCAGUUGGGGUUCUCAGUUGGCUGAGGAACACUGAUUUGAGGGGA